AUUUUCAACCAAAUUAAAUCAUACAUAAAGCACCGUAUUUAGAUCUGCAACGUCAUGGCAUCGGAAAACGAUUCUGACGCCGAGCUGGAAGAAAACUAUUACACCUUCCUCAAUUUGCCGCGAGAUGCCACCACUGAACAGAUCAAUACAGCGUACCGUAAACAAAGCCGCAUUUACCAUCCGGAUAAACACAUUGACCCGGAAAGUAAAAAGAAGGCCGAGAUUAUGUUUAACCGUACCAAGCGGGCUUAUGAGGUUCUUUCAGACCCACAUAAGCGCGCCAUAUACGAUUCUGUGGGUGAGAAAGGCCUUAAAACUGAGGGCUGGGAAAUAGUACAUCGCACAAAGACUCCGGCAGAAAUUAGGGAGGAGUACGAACGCCUGGCUCAAGCGGCAGCCGAACGUCGCUUGCAGCAGCGCACCAAUCCGCGUGGCAACAUAACCAUCAACGUCAAUGCGACGGAAAUAUUUGCCCCCUAUGAUGAUACUGAGAUGCCGCGUGUAGAGAUUGGCUCGAUGAGCAUUGCGCAGUCAAUUGAGGCGCCCAUAACGCGUAAAGAUCUGAUCGUGAUGAGUGGUAACCUAUACUCCUCUAAUGGUACCGGAAGUGGUGGAUUUGUUGUGGCCGGACGCCGACUAUUGAACAAAGGUUGGCUGGAGCUUUGUUUGGGAGCAGGAAAUGGAUUCCUGAUGGGGCUGAAGGGUGGUCGAACACUCAGUCCAAAGCUCACGCUUAAUGGUGGCACAAAUUUAAACUUUCGCGACAGCGGUGUCAUUCCUGCGCUGUUUUCCACGCUGGCCGUGCAGCUGGACAAGCACACAAUGGGCAGCCUAACUCUAAAUGCAGGCCCCCAGUCAUCUAUGUCAACACAGAUUGAUCGCACCACCGAAAACCACGCAUGGAACACAUCCUUCGUGAUCGGUACGCCACACAUGUAUGUAGGCAUUGCGUAUACGCGCAAGAUGCUGGAGAACGAGCUAAAAUUAAAGUUGGCUGUGAAAGCCGGCACAUUUGGAUUUAUGGGUGAAUAUGGUGUAGAGAAAAAGGUAUCAAAAUACAGUUCGGUAUUAGCGGCCGUAUCCAUUGGUGUGCCUUCCGGAGUCAUACUUAAAUUUAAAAUAAUACGUUCAAAUCAAUCGUAUGUGUUCCCCAUUCAUCUGAGCGAGGAAAUAGUGCCAGCUGCAGUUUUCUACGCUUCUGUGACGCCAGUAAUUGCGUGGUUUUUUGUAAAAAAAGCUAUAAUGGAUCCUAUGGAAGCAGAGCGGAAAAGUAUAGAAGUUGAACGCACAAAAAGACAAAACGAGCAGCGUCUCGCCGCUAAAAAACUCGAGGCUAGCGCGGCAAUUCAUUUAAUGCAGCGCACCUACCAACGCAUCAUGAACGAAGAGUUGGAACGGAGGGGUCUUAUUAUUACAAGGGCGAUAUAUGGAUGUGUGAAUGCUGGCAGUAGUACACAAUUCAAUCCCGAUGAGUCUUACGAUGUCACAGUUCCUUUACAGUGUCUAGUCAAGGAUAGUAAAUUGCAGCUGUAUGAGUCAUCAAAGAGUGAUUUACCAGGUUUUUACGAUCCGAGUAUCGGAGAUGACAAAAUAUUGCGCAUAGAAUACACCUAUAAUAAUCAAUUUAAUGUGGUCAAUAUAAAGGACAACGAGGCAUUAAAGUUGCCGUGAUCCUUUUCUUUUAGUAGAAAUCAUCAGUUAUGUUUUUAUAUUUUGUUAUUCAGAACAGCCAAACUCGCUGUGCAAACCCAUUUCCAGGAGCUAAUUGCACUAUUGGCCCAUUGUUUGGUAUUGGAUCUGUACAAUGCUACGUUGUUUAAAUUAUCCAUUCACUUAGUUUAAGCUGGACAAAUUUACAAUAUUUAUAAAAACUAUUUUGGAUACAACAAAGAUCACGCAAUAAAAUUUGUAUAAUAGACAA